AUGACAACCAUCCCCACCCUCCCCGCCUCCCUCACCCCGGCCCUAACCGGCCGCGACGCCAUCGCCGACGCACUCUACCGGUGCGUCAUAGGCUUCGACACAGGAGACACUGCUCUAUUCGACUCCGCCUUCCUCCUAGACUCCACGUUCGAGAUCAACGGACGCGUUCUCUCAGGCUUACCAGAAAUCCACACCGGCUGCUUCGACCCGAUAUCGAAGCUCGAUACCACACACUUCAUCUCGAAUAUCCGGAUUAACAUUGAAGAUAACGGAACCGAGGCGUCUUUGACUGCGUCGUCGAUUGCGCAGCACUAUCGUGCGGGAAAGGGCAUGGAGGCGGAUCAGCCGAGAUUGUUGGGUGGGAGUUUGUACUAUGUUGAUCUUGUCAAACGGGAGGAAGAUGGAGGUCUGUGGAGGAUUAAGGCAAUCAAGAUAAAUUCGACUUGGGUGGAGGGAGAUUGGGGUAUUAUUAAGGGGGAGUGA